AAGUCAGACGCUACCGAACGCCGGUACGGUGUAUACGGUCUCAAAUUAUCCUUCAAAAUCAACAUCCUCAUAUAAUAAUUUAAAUUUUUUAAUCAUUCAUCCUUAUAUUAAUUUAAUUAUUAAAAUUUUCUUUUUUUAAAUUUAUUUAUUUUAGUUUUUAAUCAAUUUUCUUUUUUUUUUUGAUUUAAGUUUUUUUUUAUUUUUUAAAUUUGUGUGGUAAUGAAAAUUGCUUUAUGAUAAAAAGAAAAAAAAAAAGGGAAAUGCAAGUUGAUAAGGGUGUUGUUACUAAAGUUAAUUUAUAAAAAAAUAAAUUAUAUAUUUUUGAGUCCUUCGAUUCUCCUUGAGAGACGAGGACGUUAAAAUCAUUGAAAUAAAUAAAAAAUAAUUUAAAAAAUGGUGAUAAUUAAAAGUGCCAUUGCGGUUUUUCUGGUACUUCAAGUACUUGGACACUGGCACCAGGUUGACGGCUAUGAGAACGAUGAUUUGGUAUUUGACAUAGAGACAAAAUCACCUGUUGAAAUAAAAUUAAUUGACAAACAUGAAGAAGGAUUAUUCCACCGAAUAAAAAGAGACAUUGGAGGCUGGUUUUCUUGGUUUCCAAAACCAUCAACGACAACAGUCCCACCAACUGAAACAACAACAACGACAACAACAACAACAACAACAUCAACAACAUCAACAAGUACAACAACUCCAUUACCAGAAGCUCAGCUUCUUCAAAGCUCCACGAGUUCAUUAAAUCGUAGACCAACAAGAAACAGCGACGAGGUAAUUGAUGAGCAAAAUAGCGUUGGUGGAAAUGAAGAUGAGGAUAAUGCUAUUGGUGAAGUGGGAGAAAAAGGUAGUAAUCAAGAACCAAUUGAUCAGGAGGAUGAGGAUAAUGAGGGUUGGCCUGGAUCUGGUGAUACUGAUGAUGGAAGUGGUACAACUGGACCAGAUAUUUUUAAUCCACCAAUAAAACCUUCUGGAGGACAAUCAAAAUUCUACAGAGUUACAUUGACUAUUUCUGAGCCAUAUUUGGAGACAUAUGCUGAUAUUCAUAGCCCACAGUAUACUGAAUUUACUAAAAAAUUAAAUAAAUCAAUUGUUAAAUUAUUAUUUGAGCGUAUUCCUAAUUAUGAUCAUUUAUCAAAUGUCGUCAAGAUAUCACCAACAAAUGACCCAUUUAAGCUACAAGUUACACUUGAUAUUGGCUCAACAUUUACUGAUGAAAAUGAAAUUCGUGAUGUUUUAAAAAAUCAAUUGUCGUUACAUUCACUUGGUGAUGUUGAGGUUUCUCCAGAAGGUUUUACCUUCAGAAUAUCUCAAGAAAAAUGUGAUGAACAUUUAGAAUUACGUUGUCGUGAUGGUACUUGUGUGCCAUUAAUUUCACGAUGUGAUGGUAAAACACAAUGUCCAGAUAAAUCUGAUGAGUUGGAUUGUUCAACGACAAUUCAACCAACUGAAGAAACAACCACUGAACGAGUUAAAACUGAAAAAUCAUUUAAUGAAAUUCCUGGAUUGGUACCAGAUAAUUUUCCAACACCUGUAUCAUCAACAAAUGAUUGUAGGGGUGAUGAUGCUAUACCUUGCAGUGAUGGUAGUCGUAUUAUUUGUUCAGUUCAACAAUGUGAUGGUGUAUAUGAUUGUCGUAAUGGAGAAGACGAAAAAAAUUGUAGUAAUAGCUGUGGUUAUGGUGAAUUUGCUUGUGAUGCAUCAAGAUGUAUUUUGGACAAACAAAAAUGUGAUUUUAUACAAGAUUGCGAGGAUGGAAGUGAUGAAAGAGGCUGCAAUUAUCCAGCUUGCAAUCAAAAUGAAUUCAGAUGUAGAGAUCAUCAGUGCAUUGAUAUUCGUCAACGUUGUGAUGGAAUUAAUGAUUGUCAUGAUAAAUCAGAUGAGCUGAGUUGUCCACGAUGUCAUUCGUAUGAAUUCGAUUGUGGAGAUGGUCGUUGCAUUAAUGAGUCAUCUAGAUGUAAUGGUUAUUCUGACUGUCAAAAUGGUUCAGAUGAGUGGAAUUGCACUGUAACAACCUGUAACAGUGAUCAAUUUCGUUGUCCUGAAGGAACAUGUCUGCCAAUCGAAAAACGUUGUGAUCGUCAUUCCGACUGUCGAAACGGCGAGGAUGAACUUCAAUGUGGUUGUGGAGCAUCUGAAUACCGCUGCAAGGAUGGUCAAUGUAUCACCAGUGAUUUAUACUGUAACAACAAAAAUGAUUGCAGAGAUGGAUCGGAUGAGCUUGAUUGUGGUGUGGCUCCAUGUCCAUCAAUGGACUUCACAUGUGGGGAUGGCUCUUGCAUACCAACUAAGGCUGUUUGCGAUGGAUACGAUGACUGUCCAAGUGCUGAGGAUGAGCUUAAAUGCGAUCGUGACUGCACACCUACCCAGUUCAAGUGUAUCAGUGAUGGAAGAUGCAUAGAAGAUGUCUACAGGUGUGAUCGACGCUCUGACUGUGAUGAUCGUAGUGACGAGGAUAAUUGUUCCAAUGUGACUAGUACCAUCAACAGCGGCUCGCAUACCAAUGUACCUGGGCACAAUUGGGUUACGGAAAGACCGAGAGAAUGUAAUCCUAAUACUGAAAUGCGUUGUGGAAAUGGUAAAUGCAUUUUACUUCGUCUUAAAUGCGAUAAUAUUCCCGAUUGCGAUGACAACAGUGACGAACGCGAUUGCGGCAACUGCGCGAUUGAUGAGUGGCGAUGUGCUGACGGUGAAUGCGUAUCCAAGAACUUCAGGUGUGAUGGUAGAUCCGAUUGUCGUGACGGAUCUGACGAAGAAGCUUGCGAUUCACAGUAUUGUUCACCUGGACAGUUACCAUGUGCGAAUGGUGUUUGCAUAUCAAAAGAUUUCUUCUGUGAUAGAAAUCGUGAUUGUCAUGAUGGAAGUGACGAAGAAAAUUGCCCUGGAAUAACACCAUAUCCAGCAUCAACACAAUGUCGAGGUGAUGAAUACACAUGUCGUGAUAAAAGUUGCAUACCUCUAUCAUCAGUUUGUGACAAUCGACAAGAUUGUUCUGGAAAUGAAGAUGAGCUUGAUUGUAAACGUGGAUGUGCAAGAGGACAAUUCCGUUGUGGUAAUGGUGACUGUAUUUCCGGUGAUAAAAAGUGCGAUAAAUUUUAUGACUGUGAAGAUGGCUCGGACGAAGAAAAUUGUGGUAUAGAAACAACAACUUCAGCAGGACGUCACUGUUCAUAUGGACAAUUUCAAUGUGAAUCUGAUAAAAUAUGUGUUCUUGAUUCAGCACGUUGUAAUGGUAUUCCAGAAUGUCGAGAUGGAUCUGACGAAUAUGGAUGCGCUGGUAAAGAAAAAACUGGCCUUGAUUUAAAGACAUAUCCAAGCGAACAAAAUAUCAAAGAAAACCCGGUAAGACAAGGACGUGAAGUUGUAUUUCAAUGUCGAGAUGAGAGUGAUCAUCGUGCACGUGUACGUUGGUCUCGUGGAAAUAAUCUUCCACUACCACCAGGUUCAGUUGACAAAGGUGAUGGUCGUCUUGAAAUACCAAACAUAAAACUUGAACAUUCUGGACCAUAUAUUUGUGAAGCUGUUGGUUAUCCAUCAUCAUUUUCUGGUCAAAAAGUAACAGUUAAUCUUCAUGUUGAAAAUUAUGAAUUACCAGUAACUCGUCCACCUCAAGUAUGUAAAUACGAUGAGGCAACAUGUAGUAAUGGUGAUUGUAUACCAAAAACAUAUGUUUGUGAUGGUAAAUUUGAUUGUACUGAUGGAAGUGAUGAGAUGCGUUGUAAUCCACAUGGUUGUGAACCAAAUCAAUAUCGUUGUGCAAAUAAACAAUGUGUUAGUAAAAUUUGGCGUUGUGAUGGUGACAAAGAUUGUAAUGAUGGAAGUGAUGAAGAAAAUUGUGAAGCAUCACCACCAGGUUCAUUGUGUCGUUAUGAUGAAUUUCAGUGUACAAAAUAUGAUCAAUGUAUACCAAAAAGUUAUCAUUGUGAUAUGGAAAGAGAUUGUCAAGAUGGUAGUGAUGAAUUUGGUUGUUCACCAGUUUAUAUUGUUAAACCACCACAGCCAAUUGUUGUACUAGCAUCUGGUGAAACAAUGAUACUAACAUGCACAGCAAUUGGUGUACCAAUACCAGAAAUUAAUUGGCGUUUAAAUUGGGGUCAUGUACCAUCAAAAUGUGAUUCAGUAUCAGUUAAUGGUACUGGUAGUUUAACAUGUCCAGAUAUUAGUAUUAGUGAUCAAGGUGCAUAUUCAUGUGAAGCAUUAAAUAUUGGUGGUUUUGUAUUUGCUGUACCAGAUGCAAUAUUAAUUGUCAAUGAAACACAAAAUGUAUGUCAACGUGGUGAAUUUAAUUCUGAAGCUAAAAAACCAGAUGAAUGUAUAUCAUGCUUUUGUUUUGGUGUUACAAAUCAAUGUAGAAGUGCUGAUUUAUUUACAUUUCAAUUACCACCACCAUUUGAUCGUCAUAAAGUACUUGAUGUUGAUUUAACAAAUGGUGAGCCACAAAUACGUGGUGAAAUUGGUAGUAAAGUUGCUGAAAUACGUCCAAUUAAUCGUGAUGGUGUUGAAAUAUCAAUGAUUAAUGAUAAUUAUACACCAUCAUCAUUUGAUAUACCAUAUUUUGCAUUACCAGAAGCUUAUCAUGGCUCACAGUUAAAUUCUUAUGGUGGUUAUUUAAAAUAUACAAUACGUUACAGUGGUGAUGGAAGAAAUAAUACAGCACCAGCAGUUAUAUUAAGUGGUAAUCGUUAUAUGUUAUUUCACAGAGGACAUUAUACACCACCAAAUCAAGAAACUGAAGAAGUUGUUAGAUUCUUUUAUGGUGAAUGGUAUAAAAUAUAUCGUGGUAGAGAAAUAACAGCAACUAGACAAGAUAUUAUGAUGGCACUUGCUAAUGUUGAUAAUAUUCUUAUAAAAGCUAAAUAUGAUGAUUCACCACAACUUGAUAUUUCAAUAACUGAAAUAACUAUGGACAGUGCUGAAAAAACAAAUGUUGGUCUUGGUAGUGCAUCUUUUGUUGAAGAAUGUUCUUGUCCAGCUGGAUAUACUGGAUUAUCAUGUGAAAGUUGUGCAUCAGGACAUGAAAGAAAAACAUCAGGACCAUGGCUUGGUGAAUGUCAACGUGCUGAACCAAUUGCAUCUUGUCCACCAGGUUACUAUGGUGAUCCAUCAAGAAAUAUUCCUUGUGAGCCAUGUCCAUGUCCACUGACAAAUCCAUCAAAUCAAUUUGCACGAACAUGCCAACUUGGACCAAAUCGAGAGCCUGUAUGUGAUUGUCCACCUGGAUAUAUGGGAAGUAGAUGUGAAUCUUGUUCAUCUGGUUAUCGUGGUAAUCCAUUGAUACCCGGUGACAUGUGUGUAGCUGAAUCACAAUGUGAUCCUCAUGGAAGUCUCACACCAAAUCCUGAUGCUGAUGGAAAAUGUCGAUGCAAGAAUUUCGCAACUGGUUUAACUUGUGACUCAUGCAAGCCAAACACAUUUAGUCUUGCUUCGAAAAAUCAAUUUGGAUGUAUCAGUUGUUUCUGCAUGGGUGUAUCAAAUCGAUGCACAGCAUCACACUGGUACAGAAGUGAGAUUAAAGUUUCUUUUACAAAUUCAAUACGUGAUUUUUCUCUUAUUCAAUCAAAAAAUCCAGAUGCUACGACAAUUGUAUCGGGUAUACGUCUUGAUACAAGUAGACGUGAAAUUAUUUACAAUGAAUUUCCAAAUCGUGGUAGUAAUGAUGUUUAUUAUUGGCAACUUCCAAGUAUAUUCCUCGGUGAUCAAGUCACAUCUUACGGUGGUAGUCUCAAGUAUACCGUAAGAUAUGUUCCAUCACCAGGUGGACAAAGUUCAAAAAAUAGUGCAGCAGAUGUUGAAUUAAUAAGUUCAAAUGAUAUAAAUCUUUUGUAUUACUCACGUAAAUCACCAGAGCCAAAUUCUGUACAAUCAUUUGAGGUACCACUUUUGGAACAAUUUUGGCAACGAACAGAUGGAACUCAAGCUGAUCGUGAACAUCUUUUAAUGGCACUUGCUGAUAUUCAAGCAAUUCGUAUUAAAGCAACAUACACAACAAACACAGAUGAAACAGCAAUAUCACAAGUAUCACUUGAUAAUGCUGAAAAAUAUAAUACUGGCAAGGAUCGUGCUGUUGAAGUUGAAGAAUGUACAUGUCCAGCUGGUUAUACUGGUUUAUCUUGUGAGGAUUGUGCUGCUGGUUAUACACGAGCUGGUCGAGGUCUUUAUCUUGGUACUUGUGAACCUUGUAAUUGUAAUGGACACUCAAGUCAAUGUGAUCCAGAAAAUGGAAUUUGUGAGAAUUGUGCUGAUCAUACAACUGGUGAUAAUUGUGAAAAAUGUGAAGCAGAUUAUAUUGGUGAUGCAACUCGUGGUGGUCCAUAUGAUUGUAUAUCCGAUACACAUCUUGUUAAGCCUUGCAAUCCAGCUGGUACCAUGCAAGACUCAUAUCUCGUUGGACGAUGUGAAUGUAAAUUAAAUGUUGAAGGAGCCGAGUGUAAUAGAUGUCGUCCAGGCACAUUUGGAUUAUCAAGUGAUAAUAUUAAUGGAUGUAAUCAGUGUUACUGUAGUGGUGUUACUGAUCAAUGUCAUGAAUCAUCUUUAUUCAUUCAACAAAUUCCCAUGUGGGUUUAUGAUACACGUCAUGGUUUUACACUUACUGAUACAUCAAGACUUGAUGUUAUUGAUGAUGGAUUUGAAAUUAAUGUUGCACAAAAUGAAAUUGGAUAUCGUUAUACAACAUUUAAUCGUAAUCGUAGAUUAUUUUGGUCAUUACCAGCUAUAUUUACUGGAAAUAAAAUUAAAAGUUAUGGAGGUAAUUUAACACUUACACAAAGAUUUACAGCAAGUCCAAAUUCUAAAACUCUUGAAGAUCAAGAUGUUACACUUUUGGGUAAUGGCAUUACUCUAUUUUGGACAAAUCCAAAAAAAUUAACAUCUGAUAAUACUUUGACAUACUCUGUGCCACUUAGAGAAUCUGAAUGGCGUAGAUUAUCAACCGAGGGUUUAAGAAGUGCAUCGCGAACUGAUUUAAUGACUGUAUUAUCAAAUCUUGAAUCAAUUCUCGUUCGUGCAUCAUACUCUGAAGGAAUGAUUACUUCAUCAAUUGGUGAUAUUAGUCUUGAUACAGCUGUUGAAAAUUUAACUGGUAAAAAUCGUGCAACACAAAUUGAAGCAUGUAGAUGUCCACUUGGUUAUACUGGUACAUCAUGUGAAAAUUGUGGACGUGGAUAUUAUCGUGAUAUAAAUGAUAGAUCAGUCAGUAUACUUGGUUCUUGUAAUGCUUGUCCAUGCAAUGAUCAUGAAGAAAGCUGUGACAUGAGUAGAAAUGGAAUAAUUAAAUGUAGAUGUUUAUCUGGUUACACUGGACAAUAUUGUCAAGAAUUAGUUGAUUAUCCACCUCCACCACCAAGUCCACCACCAACAUUACAACCACCAAGAAUCAUUGUUUCAAUUCAAGAAAAACAAUUGCAAAUUGUUGAAACUGGUAAUACAGUUAGAUAUCGUUGUUCUGGAAGAUCAUUGGAUAAUACACCAAUACGUAUUCAUUGGGAUAAAGAAGGAGGUAGAUUACCAGAUCGUAGUAUGGAUGACAAACAGGGUCUUCUUAUUAUUCGUGAUGUCAGAGUUUCUGAUAGUGGUGUAUACAUUUGCCAAGUCACUGAUGAUAUUCAAGUUGUCAUUGAUAAAGUUACACUCACAGUUGGAGGUUCAAAUCCAGUUGAGCCAAAAGCUGUAAUCCGUCCAAUUUAUCAACAAGUUAAAGAAGGUGAUUCAGUUAAUUUUGUAUGUGAAGCUGAAGGUAAUCCAAAACCUGAACUUGAAUGGAUUCGUAUUGGUGGAACAGUUAAUCCAAGUGCAACAUUUAUAAAUGGAAUUUGGAGUAUACCAUCAGUAACUAAAGAUGAUGAAGCAGAAUAUAAAUGUAUUGCUAAAAAUAGUGUUGGUUCAAAUGAACAAACAACAAUUUUAUAUGUUGAUAAUAAUCCAGAUAAAGAACAACCUCCUAUUGUACAAACAUCUGGACCAACAAUAACACCAUCACAAUGGAUUGGUUCAAGUGGUGAUACUGUACGUUUAAUAUGUUCACGUUUAAAUUAUCAUAAACAUGUUGAAUGGAUAAGAUCUGGUAGUUUGCCACUUCCACAUUCAGCAAGUCAACAUGAUGGUGUAUUAACAAUACCAAAUCCAAAUGAAAAUGAUUCUGGUACUUAUAUAUGUAUUGCAACAAGUAAUCAAAACACUGAGACAAGUUCAAAUGCACAAAUUACAAUUCAUCCACGUAGAAAUCCACCAAUGAUUAAUGUUGAACCAGAGAAACAAAUAGUACAACAAGGUAAAAUUGCUGAAAUUAAAUGUCUCGUUAAUGACAGAGAUCCAAAUGUUGAAGUUAAAUGGUUUAAAUAUGGUGAACAAGUACUUGGUUCACGUGCACAACAACAUGGUACAAUAUUAAAAAUUAUUGAUAUACAAAUAUCUGAUCGUGGACGUUAUAUUUGUCGUGCAAAUAAUAGUGCUGGUACAUUUGAAGCAAGUGCAAUGAUUGACGUUGAACGACGUGAAAUACCAGUACUUGAACUUUAUCCAAAAAAUACACAAACAGUUAUACUUGAUGGUUCAGCUGAUUUACAGUGUCGUGUUGUUGCUGGUUAUCCAACACCAGAAUUACACUGGUCAAGAAAAGAUGGACGUCAAUUUGGCUCAAAUAUACAACAAUUACCAGGUGGUCUUUUACGAUUAAUACAUAUAUCAUUAAAUGAUGGUGGAUCUUAUCAGUGUACAGCUGUUAAUGAUGCUGGUACAACAACAGCAUUUGCACAUAUUGAAGUACAAUCAAUGCCAGUUAUAACAAUAACACCAAAAAGUGGUAUAUUACCAGUUAAAUUAAGAAAUAAAAUUUUAUUAAGUUGUAAUGCCGUUGGUAAUCCACCACCAAAUGUUAUUUGGAGUAAAUAUACAAAUGGUUAUCCACCAAGUAUUAAUCCAUUAGUUAGAUCACAAUUAUCAACAGCUAUUUAUGAAAUAUCAUCAAUGUCAAUUGAUGAUGAAGGCUCAUAUACUUGUCAAGCAACAAAUGCAGCUGGUGUUAGUGAGGAAAGAGUACAACUUAGAAUUGAAGAUAAUGAAGGAUAUGAUGAUGAAGUUAAUUCAAUUGAUGAUCCAGAAGCUUGUCGUGGUGAUCAACCAUGUAAUAUUACACCAACAUAUCAUCCAGAUAAUCAAAUACUCAUACCAACUAAACAGGGUUUAAUAAUACCAAAUGAAUAUUUAAAAAUUCCAAUUGGUGGAAAAGUUGAAAUGCAAUGUCGUGUUGUUGCUCCACAAAGAAUUAAUUUAGAUUGGAUUAGACAAGAUCAAAGAAGCCUACCAUAUGGAAGUACAAUUAACAAUGGAAUAUUAACGAUAAAUGAUGUUAAUAAAGAAGCUGCUGGUGAAUAUAUUUGUCGUGGUUUUGAUGAUAAUAAUAAUGAAUUAUUCCGUCAAAAUGCACAUCUUGAAAUAAUAUCACCACCAAGAAUAAUAUUACAUCCAAAUAGACAAACUGUUGCACCAGGUGAUAGUCCAACAAUUAUUUGUUCAGUAACUGGUGAUCAGCCAAUUAAAAUUCAAUGGGAUUCUAUUGGUAGAUCAUUACCAUCAUCUGUUAUUGAUGACAAUGGAUUAUUAAAAUUCAAUAGUAUAACAUUUAAUGAUGCUGGUAAAUAUAUUUGUAAAGCAACAAAUGAUGUUGGCACAGCUGAGGCUGUUGCUGAAGUUAUUGUUAAUGAAAAUUAUAAUAGUGCUGGUGUUAAAGCCAUUGAAAGAGAUGUUAAAACACUUGCUGGUAAUUCAGUUAGAUUAAGAUGUGAUACUAGAGAAUCAGUGUCAAUUCAAUGGACACGUGAAGGUUUACCAUUACCAACAAAUUCAAAAAUUGUUGAUAAUCAUUUGGAAUUAUUAAAAGUUAGACCUGAAGAUAGUGGAAGAUAUUUUUGUCAAAUUCGUAAUUCACAAGGAACUGGAUCAAGUGAUUAUAUCAACUUCCAAGUUUCUCUUGUUAAUUCGCUUGCGGAUUGCAUGCCAAUAUAUCCAUCAAUACAAUGUGCAAAUAAUGGACUGUACCUAUGCCGAAGUCAAGAUUGCGUAUCAUUGGAUUUUGUUUGUGAUGGGUAUGCUCACUGCAGUGACGGAACAGAUGAACGUUUCUGCCGGAUCACGCGAUAUCGACAAUAUCUACAAAGACGACGCGCACCAACUGGUCCAGUUAUACGCAUUGAGCCAUCAUCAACAAUUGUUAAUAUUGGUGACACAUUUAAUUUACGAUGUGAAUUUACAUCGAGAAAUCCAAGUGCACCAAGAUACAGAUGGUACAAAGCUGAUGGAUCAUUACCAGCAAGUGUUCAAGUCUACGAGGAUCGUUUAAAAAUAGCCAGUGUUCAAAUGAGUGACAGUGGUGUUUACAAUUGUCGAGUUGAUACACAAGAAGGAAUAUUUGAUAAAGACUACAAUCUCAUUGUUCAAGGUGGUGAACAUGAAAAUGAUGAGCCAGCAAUUGAAAUGAAAAGUGUAGCAUAUGGAUCACCAGUUGAUUUAACAUGUCGUGCUAAUUUACGAGGUCCAGUAACAUAUCAAUGGAAUAAAACUGAUGGUGAUCUUCCUUUAUCAACAACAAGUGAGAAUAAGCUAACAAUAAUGAGAGCAAAUGAAUUAGCAGCUGGAACAUAUAUUUGUUCAGCAACAAAUGGUAUAACAAAUACAGAAGUACCAGUGAUACUUGUUGUCACUGGAAUUGUUCCAAAUUUCAGUCAAGCACCACGUAGUUAUAUAUCAUUACCACCAUUACCUGAUUCAUAUCUUAAAUUUAAUAUUGAAGUAUCAUUUAAACCAGAAAAUCAUAAUGGUAUUAUUUUUUAUAAUGCUGAAAGAUCAGAUGGACUUGGUGAUUUUAUUAUUCUUUCAUUGAUAAAUGGACAUCCUGAAUUCAAAUAUGAUUUGGGCUCGGGAACAGCAACAAUACAUUCAGAUAGACCAGUGACACUUGGUGAAUGGCAUACAAUUAAAUUAAAUAGAAAUCGUAAAGAAGGAAUAAUGAUGGUUGAUGGUGAAGGUUCAUACAAGAGUGAAAGUACUGGAAGAAAACAAGGACUUGAUUUAAAAGAACCAUUGUACAUUGGAAAUAUUCCAGAUUAUGUUAUUAUGAAUCAAAACAUUCAAAUUGGUAGAAUUGGUUUUGUUGGUUGUAUAUCAAAGCUUGAAUUGAAUGAUAGAAUUAUUGAACUUACUGGUAGUUCAACAAGUAGUGUUGGUGUUACGACAUGUGAAACUUGUGCUGAAAAUCCAUGUAAUAAUUCUGGUGUUUGUCAAGAAGCAACAACAAAAUCAGGCUACAGGUGUCUUUGUCGAGUUGGUUACAGUGGACAACAUUGUGAUAGUACUGGUAAAUCUUGUCUACCAGGCAUUUGCGGAAGAGGAAGAUGCAUCAGUACUGAGACAGGUUUCGAUUGUCUCUGCCCACAUGGUACACAAGGACAACGAUGUGAAGAAAAUGUUGAUAUUAAAAAUCCAGCAUUUAGAAAUGAACAUGCUUAUCUUGCUUAUCAAACACCAAAAGCAAUGAGGCGGCCAUAUUCAGCAGAUAAAUAUAAAUCAAAAAGAUCGCAUGCAAGAUCAUAUUUGGAACAACUUAAAAACUCCAGAUCAUCACACCAUCACGACAAUAAAAUAUAGUUUUAUUUUUCUACAUGAAAAUAUCUUUAAAAUAAAAAAAUAAUAAUAUCAAUAAUUCAAAUAUUUAAUUAAAUAAUAGAUAAAUAAUCUUAUAUAAAUUUUUAAAAUUAACAAUUUUUAUUUUUCUUUAUAUUUUUUGAAAUAUCAUAUUUUUUACAUUUUCUAAAUCAAUUGGUUUUUACUAUGGUGCUAAAUACAACCGUGACAUUAAAUAAUUAUUAUAUUUAAAAAAAAAAAUUUUUUUCUCUGUAUAGCUUUAUCAUUUAAAAAAACAAAGAAAAAAAAAUUUUUAAAAUUGUUUUUUUUUUUUUUCUAAUUCAGUGCUAAGUCAUAUUGUUUUUUAAAAAAAAAAAAUGCAUCAACGUCUAAUAAACACUGCCGUGUUUGCAUUUAAUCAUGUGGUGUUUUAAAUAUAUAAAUAUUUUUUUUUGUUUCAUUUUUUAUUAUUAUUAUUUUUUACCAAUUGUCGUGACGUUUUUAAUGCAACACUUGUUGUUCGUUGCUAGUAGUCAAUUUAUGUGUCGUACUUGUACUUAUAUAUUCAAAAAAAAAAUUCUAAAAACAUGAAAUUAUAUUAUGCUCUG